UAAUGCUAACCAGUUAGCUGCGCCGGGUCUUACUGGAAAGAGGCGUUUACCUGUAACAGCUGCAGAUCUGUUAAAAGAUUCAGGGGUGAAUGACAGCGGCUGCGUUCUGUCUUUGUCGCAGUUUUGCAGAGGUUUUAUGCAACGGCGACGCUAAAAAUGAGAGAAGGAUUGUGACUCAUCUCUCGUGUCGCCAUGGAGAAGCCCUUUAGGUUGUGGGGGGCGAUGGAGCGCUGCACCCUGACUCUGGCCUCCUGGUCCUGGGGUGCCUGUCGAGUUUCUCUCUUGGCCCUCAUCCUCACCUUCCACCUCUACGGAGGCUUUUUUCUCCUCGCUCUCAUCCUCGCCUCUGUGGCAGGUAUCCUCUACAAAUUCCAGGAUGUUCUCCUCUACUUCCCUGACCAGCCCUCCUCCUCCCGCCUCUAUGUUCCCAUGCCAACAGGAAUCCCACAUGAAAACGUGUACAUUCGCACCAAGGACGGUGUGAAGCUCAACCUCAUCCUGCUUCGGUACACAGGAGGGGACGCACCUCCCGGAGUCACUUCUGGCAAUCAGAGCAGUCCCGCCUCCUCGUCUCCACCCACCAUCCUGUACUUCCACGGCAACGCAGGCAACAUCGGCCACCGGGUGCCCAACGCCCUGCUGAUGCUGGUAAAUCUCAAGGCGAACGUGGUGCUGGUAGAUUACCGCGGCUAUGGAAAAAGUGAAGGCGAGCCCAGCGAGGAGGGCCUGUACCUGGAUGCAGAGGCCACGUUGGACUACGUCAUGACCCGUCCCGACCUGGACAAGACGAAGGUCAUACUCUUUGGCCGGUCAUUAGGCGGCGCCGUGGCCGUGCGCCUGGCCUCGGUUAACCCUCACCGCGUGGCCGCCAUUAUCGUUGAAAACACCUUCCUCAGCAUCCCCCACAUGGCGGCCACACUCUUCUCCUUCCUGCCCAUGCGUCUGCUGCCACUGUGGUGCUACAGAAAUCAGUUCCUGUCGUAUCGGCAGGUGGCGCUGUGCCGCAUGCCGUCGCUGUUUGUGUCCGGCCUGUCAGACCAGCUCAUCCCGCCGGUCAUGAUGAAACAACUGUAUGAGCUGUCUCCUUCUCGGACUAAACGCCUGGCCAUCUUUCCAGAAGGGACGCACAACGACACGUGGCAGUGUCAGGGCUACUUCGCUGCUUUGGAGCAGUUCAUGAAAGACCUGCUGAAGAGUCACGCCCACGAGGAGAGCGCCCAGCCCUCAGCCAGCGUCACCAUCAUCUGAAAACAAAAUGGAGACAAGUGACUGCAGAAAACGGGCUGGGGUAAAGUAUGGUGUUUAUUUGGAGGGGAAGAAUGUACAUUUUUAUUCUUCUUUAUUUUAUUUCACUCUUUUUACCUUUCUUUAAACUUAAAAUGUUUUCACAAGUUCAGUGUUUUAAGAAAGGGUAACAGCCUCCUCCCAUGUUUGAGUUCUUUGUUUGCGUUGCAGCGAUGAAUGCAUGUAUUUAUGACUUUUGAUGAAUGAAGCCAGAGCAGACGAGUCGCGAUCACCAGUGAUUUGAUAUUAUGCGUCUGCCGACAUGAAUCACAAUCAUUAAAACAGUUGCAUUGCAACCAUAUAAGGGCCACAGUCACACUCAGAAUUUGUCUCAAAAUUAAAAAUAAAAAGAAGAAGAAGAAAAAACAACUCAAAUUUGCAGAAAUGGAACUUGGUGACUUGUAGGGUUAUACUGUAAAUAUAUGUAUCUUUGUUAAUACAUUGCACUCUUCUGUUCUGAUUUUUUUUGUGGGAUAAUGUUUUCAGAGCAAUACUUUUGAAGAGCAGAAAAGUUUUUUUUCUCUCCCCUUUAAGGAAUAUUAAUGUCAUGUUUAUGCAGCUGUGUAUCACACCUUGGCCCGUUUUGACAUCUGAACAGUUUGUCUUUUAAAGAGGCAUGAAGCUCGCCGUCAAAACGUUUUGGCAGAGCGGAAUUGCUCAAGAGGCUGAGAUGGCUGGUUUGGUACUUCUGCCUGCCAGAAAUAGUCUCAAAAAUUCUUAUUUCCUGUCUGAGCACUUCUGUUUCGUUAUGAUUAUGGUGCGUUGCUGCUUGUCCUGGUACGAUGGUCCACUCCCAGCUAGCAGGCGCCGUGUGGCGUUGAGUAACUUCAGCUACGGUUGUGUUCCAUUUACUUUGUGCAGUUUGUUAUUUACGUCUCGGCUCAGCUUUCUCCAAGUCUGUCUUAAUACAACACGAAAACACAUGUCGGCGCACUGAGUUAUUGGUCGCGGUAAUCCUCUUGUCCCCACUGACCAUUAGGUGAUACGUUGUCGGAGUAAAUCCACUGAAAGAGUGUAAGGACAAAAUAAACAGUCCCCACUUUGUGCCAAAUAGAGUUUGAACGUUGAGCUAAUAAGAUAAUACGAGACUUUGGAAGUCCCGAGGACGACGAUUGAGGAAGGUGUUUUGCAUUCUCAAUAGCAGAACUUGAAAAGGAGCAUUUUCAGGAAGUAGAGUCACAAAAAAGAAAAACAAUUUAUGCCCCAGACUGUUAAAUAAUACUGGAAUCAUCGCCAUGAAAAUAAAACGGAGCGUCUUUACGUUGCACUGCGAUGGACUGGCGGCCUUUCCAGGGCGUUUCCUGCACUCGCUCAUGUAAACUGGGAUUGGCUCCAGAGUCCCGUGACCCUGCACUGGAUUAAUUAGACAGUAGAGAAGAAGGAUGGAGCUUUGUUACAUUGAAUGGCAUGAUUGAAUUAUUACUAUGUAAUAAAAGGCCCAUCCAUCUUUAUUGAACAUAUUUUUCAACUGCACAAGAUGUAAAUGGAAUAAGUUAUAGUGCCAAACCAGAUCUGUACCAGAUACAAAAAGUAAAAGUUGCAUAUUCAGAAUGUUGGAAACGUUUCUGUCAUUCCGUUCUGCUGUUAGCUGUUUUGCAUCGAGUUGAAAAGGCCUCAUUAUUCACCUGAACAACGCGGUACCACUUCUGGUUGGGCAACAUGCCACAGCAAAAUAUGAGGCUGUGCCAGUUUAGCCGUUUGUUUCGGGGCAUUAAACACAUGUUCACCUGUGUUACUUGUUCCACCAGAGUGAUCAGUCAGGCCUCCUAAUGAUAUAUAUGUGUAUAAACAGUCAGAACGUGUCCAAGUGUUUUAUCAAGCCGCUCUUUGAGAAAUCUGAACCUGUAAAGAGCUGAGGAUAAAGCGUGAUCAUUUUUAUUGAAAUGUUGUGUUGAAUUGUUUUCACCAUCAGCAUAGUAAUUGUUAAUUGGAGGGUUCUGUCGCCUCAUGCUUCUGUGGCACAAUGGCUUUACUCACUCGGAGGGCUUUUAAUGAGCUAAUUAACCUUUUCCCGCAUGUCUUCCAUGAGGUGAGGCAGAGCCUGACGAUUAAAAGACGAUUAUCUGCUCUUGCUUUCUGAAUGCAGCACGCUGCACCGCAGCGGUACCGAAGCCAUCUGAAUACACCCCACAGAUCUCUUUCAGCCAUACGUGGAAACUCUCCGCCAAGAGUGCUUUGUGGCUCGUUGUAAUGACAGCUUGAGCGAGGGUUUAAAGGUUAGUAUGAAUGUAAAUGGCAGUCUUAGAGGAACACUCUUCACAAGAAAAGACAGAAGUUUGACGGGGAGUCUGUCCUCCUUUUUUUGUGACUUUGUUUUUCUUCCACUUGGUGGCACUGAACCGUUUCAGACGUUUUUGUAAUACAUCAAAUCCAUAUGCUGAGAUUCUGAUUCAACCGUGUGAAUAUACGCUCAGUUUGGUCUGCUAGCUUUGUUUUAUACACUUCUGCUGUUAGUUUGCGUUACACCAACUCUUUGAAGAAGCCGUCAUUUAUUUGAUUUCUUGUUUUGGUUGACAUAAAGCGUGUUUAAUAAUAACCUCUUUUUUUAAUCAAAGCCUAACGUAUUGCUACUGUUCACCAACCUGUUGGUGUAAAAAUCUGGAAUCAACUGAAUGUGUUGUAUUUCUUUUCUUCUUCUUUUUUUUCAACUCAUCGGUCAGGUUUUUUGUGCACAAUGGGACAUACUUUGGCAUGUCCUCUUGAUUUUGAAUAGAUUGUAACCGGUAUCGGUGGGGAGAAGGUGGCAUCGCUUCAACACUGCGAGUUGAAUCCUCACGUGAUUUCAAAGAAUCUGCGCAGUGACGUCAAAACCGUGUGUACGAACAUCUAUCGCAGCUCACUGUGACUCCACAUCCAGGGGAGCAUGGGAACAGACAUCUGAAUGAGUCAUUUCUAUCGUCACUGUAAAUCAGUCGGGUGAUUUAACUUUUUUUGUUUCUUUUCUAUUUUAAAACAAUGUCGGCUUGUUUUGUAAGCGCACAUUUUCACUUUCUAUUUUCUGUACUGUAACAUGCAAUAAAUUGAUACAAUGGA